GUGGUUAUGUAACAUCAUAGCGAAGUAGGGAACUAACAACUAACUCGGUAUCUUUCUCGUAACUGAAGAGCCUUGUAAAAUUUUAAUUUAAUUUUUUAGUGCUUGCAUUCCGCGAACUUGAGCCUUUUGCCAAUGCCAUGGAAUCAGUGAAACCGAAAAUCAUCUCUCAGAACCUUCCGUGUCCCCCGUUGUUCCUGAAAAUUAUUCAUCACACAAAGUUGCCUCAAGUGUCUUCAAGUGUCUAUUUAUUUUGAUAAGAUAACGUUUUUCAACUGCGUUCUACACCCAAAAGAACCUUUAAAACCUUGCUGUGUUUUGUGACCUGGGCUGAUCAGUUCGUAUCUUUAUUUUACAAUCAUGUUGAAACUCAAUUUUUUAAGAGAAUGGACGCAAUGGCUAAGGCCGCUUGUUGCCCUCGUUUACUCAGUGAUAAUUCUUGUCCUUGUACCGUACCUCACGAUUGCAGCCUUCGAAGAAAGUACAACCAAGAAAGACAGCUUCGUCUAUCUGAUCGCAGGCAUAUUUGUUAUGAUGGCUGUACCCAUAUCAUUUUGGGAGAUAGUCCAGCACAUGAUCCACUACACCAAGCCCUCACUUCAGAAACACAUCAUUCGAAUCCUGUGGAUGGUGCCAAUCUACGCCUUCAAUGCUUGGUUUGGUCUAGUCUUCCCAACUCGUGUGCUCUACCUGAAUAGUCUCCGUGAGUGCUAUGAAGCGUAUGUAAUUUAUAGUUUCAUGAAAUUUUUAUUCAAUUACCUUGACGAUGCCGAUCCAUUCCUUGAGACUACUCUGGCAAAGAAAUCUCAAACUAAACAUAUCUUUCCCUUUUGCUGGAUGACAAAUUGGAGGAUGGGCAGAGAGUUGAUCCACCGUUGCAAACAUGGUAUUCUCCAGUAUACUAUUGUGAGACCAAUGACGUCAUUAGCUGCAAUAGUUUGUGAUUGGUUCGGCGUCUAUCAUGAAGGGGAACUUAGCACUGGAUCUUACCCGUAUAUAAUUGCUGUGAAUAACGUAUCGCAAAUUUUUGCCAUGUAUUGUCUAGUAUUAUUCUAUCGUGCAACCAAAGAAGAGCUUGCUCCGAUGAAACCUAUUGGAAAAUUUCUCAGUAUUAAGUGUGUCAUUUUUUUCUCCUUUUUCCAAGGAGUUAUCAUCACAAUUUUAGUAAAUGCCGGAGUGAUUUCGCAAGUAUUUGACGUUGAAACUCGAGACUCUGUCAGAGAAAUAGCAUCUAAAUUACAAAAUUUUUUAAUUUGUAUCGAAAUGUUUCUAGCCUCUAUUGCUCAUUAUUUUACUUUCACACACGUUCCGUUUAUCAAUCUAACCUAUCAGAACCCAUCUGUUUCGGCUGCCUUCUCAGCUAUGUGGGAUGUUUCUGAUAUAGGUGCUGAUCUAAAAGAGCAUUUUGGUAUAAUGGGUGAUUCUAUAAGAGUAGUGAUUGGCCGAGGAUACAUAAUUGAGAGUUCUGAAAGCAGUUCAUUGAUAUCGGGCCCAUCCAAAAUUCUCCCAUACUAUGUGAUAGACCCCUCCAUGGAGGUUAGUGAUCAGGAUGAGGGAAGUAAGACAUCAUUAAGUAAAUCAUCAGAUCCAACAAUUCACUCGGAUAAAACUACUAAUUCGGACAAAGUAUCUAAGUCAGAUAAUGAGAGUAAAAAAUAACGCAUCAUGGUGAUGUUUAUUUUCUUUCGUUAAAUUUAAUUGUGAUAAGAUUGUCAUAUACAGUCGCUUAGAUUUUUUUUCUUUUUCAAAUUCAUCAAAAAAAACUUGCUUUUCUGUUGGACUUUCCUAAUUUUGAGUAGGUAUUUUGUCGAACAAUUUUUUUAUUCAUUGAGGCAAUUUGUAAAAGAUUCAAGAUUCUUGAGCAGUGUUCAUCCCUACUGCUAAGAAAAAAGUGUGUGUAGUAACAUUGAGGUGUUUCCAGUAAACCCUUGUAUCAUACCUACGUAGAAUCAGCCACUAAAAAAUCUACAAGUUGUCUCUCAAGGAAUCUCUUGUUAGACAAGGUAUCGUCUCUCUCUAAAUUUUGGUACACUGUCCCACAGCAUUUUUGUUGUGUUUCCUCAUAUGUGAACACAAGAAAUUUUUCCUGAAAAGUUGUAUAAGUUUUCAGAUUUUGUCAGAAAUGUGGCCAACAAAAAUUUAUCACAAGUUUCAUAGUAUCAUUUCAAUUUCAACUUCUUCUCUGAACUGCACCUCUAAUCUAGAUUUCACAAUUAAUCAAAAUACUCCAAGUUUUAAAAGACUUAUCUGAAGAACAUGACACAAUUCAAAGGACAAGAAUUACUUGGACAAAUUUCAUCUGCAUUCCCGCUUUAUUUGAUAGCUAUUGAAGGAACAUUCCAACUGUUAUCAUUGACUAUCUCUACAUUGUUUGAGUGCAUUGUUGACACAAGGUAAUGAUAGUGGUAUCUUCAUAGCAUUGAAAAAGUACUCUGACAAAAUUCAUUGAUAAUUUUAGUUCGCCAAUGAAUAUGAUAACUACAAGGAAAUGAGUUGUAAUCUCACAUUGAAUUGGCUCGUGAUGAUUAUUACUGUUUCUUUUAGGUUUCUAAUCUACUUAAAUGGACUUUUUAACCAGAAGUAUUGUUAUUUAUAUUAUAUGUGAAUCAAAAGGGACGUUGUCCUUAAAUUUCCAUCGAGUUUUUUGUUUAAAUUUUUAUUAUUAUUUUGUGUGAAAGCCAUAGCUAAUCAAGAUAUAAUUCAGUUUGUUUUCCCUCUUUUUCUCUUAUUAGAUCUGCUCAGUCAUUUUGCAAUUGUCAGUUCAAUUAUAAUCAAAAUGAAAGUUAUACCACAAAUGGUUAAAGUGUGUAAAAAUAUUUACCGCAGUAUCGGUUGUUAAUCUGUCAUACAUUCCGGUACAUUUCAGUAGGAAUAUGUUUGAGUGCAAAUCUUGAUUCCCGUUCUCUGUUCUUCCUAGUUUUUGGUGGAUAUGAUCUCCUGGCAAAUUUUGAAGUCAGUCUACUGUAGAACACUCGACCUCUUCGUUUUUUUCGAUGAACUUAGAUCAUAAAAGUUUUAAUCAAGCAUCAUUGGCUCUUUCUGGUAAGGUCGCGUACUAAUCUGACGCUUCUAAUAGUAAAAUAUUUGUUAGGUUCAAGUCCAAUUCCCUGCACAAUUAAAUUAAAUUCUUCUGUCCAAGUCUCUACUUUUUUUUUUUUUUUUUUUUUUUUUUUUUUUUUUUUUUUUUUUUCCUAAUUCUGGGUUAAUCAAGCCCUCCAGGUUGAAUAAGGUUUGUCAGUCAUUUAUUUGCAAUGCGUCAGUAGGAAAACCGAUUCAAUGACAAUUGACACUAGAUCAUGACAAAUACUUAUUACCGGUGAUAGUGUGUGCA